UGGAGCCUCUAUUAAAAGCCCCAUCACUUCUCUUCCUCCCCACGGAAUCCUCUUAAGCAGAGUCCAGAGAGGGUUUGAGAGAGUGUGUGAAGUGUGUGAAGUCAUAGUUGGAGAGAGAUCAAGGGAAGAACCCUUCUGUCGUUCUUAUUGUGCCCUUUUACAUGGCUCGUCAAGGGAAUUUCUUCUCUGUCUUGAUCGGAGAAGAAAGCGAGGUUGAUGCCGCAGACCUCGCCGCAAAGAUCGAGGCGGAGCGGCUGAGGAAAGAAAAAGAGCGGCUGAAGAAAGAAGAAGAGCGGCUGAAGAAGGAGGAAGAAGAACGGCGGUUGAACCCCCAUUAUGUCAAAUCUGAGACAGUGAGAGGAGGAGGCAGUGGUUAUCGCAGGAAUAAUGGAGGUUAUCGCAGGAAUAAUGGAGGAGCUGAUGGUUAUCAACCCAACUAUAAAGGGAAUGCAGGGGCUGAAGGAUAUAGGAGGAAUAAUGGACCAGUUGCUAACUCUACAAAUGGUGGUGGACGCGGAUGUGGCCAGGAGGAGCGAACUUGGGGCAUGGGAUAUUCACGGCCUGCACCAGUAGCUAACUCUACAACUGGUGGGAACAGGGGGGCCGAAAAUUCACGGCCACAAGUAGCUGCUGCUGUUCCUUCAGUUGAAGAUCCUCUUCACUUUCCCGACCUGGGUAAAAAAGCUGUGAAAGCAUGAUUUUUCCAAGACAAGUUUCUAAAAUCCCCUUUUAUCUUCUCCAUUAUGUCCCUCGUUAAUGUAUUCUUUCUAGCGACAAGUUGGAGAAAAUUUUGAAUUGCUUUAUAACAUAAGUAUUUUGUUUAUUCCAUAUGGUUUACCAUUCU